CAGAAAUUCCGCACCGCAUUCUGUAAUAAAUUAUUAUUUAUAUAUAUGCAUAGCUAAAAAUGAUAUUAUUUUAUGCAAAAAUGCAGACAAGAAAUAUAUUAAUAUGUUUUUUAAUAUCAUUGUUAACUAAUUCGUUAAUAAAUGCCGAAGAACCAGAGCCAGAAAUCUUGCCAGUCUACCAAGAUAUCCAGAAUAUGGACAGUGUACCAAUUGGUCUGCUGACUGAUCAGAAUACAGAGCAAAUGAAUAUAGUAUUUGAUCAUGCUAUAAGUGUAGCCAAUGAGGAAUUAGGUUUAUCCCUAACAUCCUUCAAAGAGGAAGUCAACUAUGGCGAUGGCUAUCACAGCUACAACACCUUGUGUCGCAUGCUGGAGACGGGUAUUGCUGGUGUUUUUGGUCCCUCAUCGCGUCACACGGCUGUGCAUUUAAUGUCUAUAUGCGAUGCUAUGGAUAUUCCUCACAUCUACUCCUAUAUGAGCGAAUAUAGCGAAGGUUUUAAUCUGCAUCCUCAUCCGGCGGAUUUGUCGAAAGCACUUUACAGCAUCAUCAAACAAUUUGAGUGGUCGCGAUUUACAUUUCUCUACGAAUCAGCGGAAUACCUGACCAUACUCAAUGAACUUAACUUGAUUUUCGGCAUGAAUGGGCCAAUUGUGACCGUUCUACGCUAUGAUAUGCAAUUAAAUGGAAAUUAUAAACCAAUUCUGCGGCGAGUCCGAAAAUCCUCGGACAAUCGCAUUGUGGUUGUUGGAAGCUCGGACACAAUGCCAGAGUUCCUUAAUCAGGCUCAACAAGUGGGCAUUAUCAAUGAAGACUACAGCUUUAUUAUUGGCAAUUUGGACUUUCAUUCGUUUGAUCUCGAGGAAUACAAAUAUAGCGAGGCCAACAUAACAAGUCUACGUUUGUUUUCCCCUGAAAAAAUGGCUGUCAAGGAACUUAUGCAAAAAAUUGGCUACAACAUUGAACAAGACGAGUUUCGAAAUGGAUCCUGUCCUCUAACUGUGGAAAUGGCGUUGACCUACGACGCCGUGCAAGUAUUUGCUGAAACUCUAAGAAAUUUGCCCUUCCAUCCAGUUUCGCAAAACUGCUCUCAGCGCACAGAAAGUGUGCGAGAUGAUGGCUCAUCCUUUAAGAAUUAUAUGAGAACGUUGCGUUUAAAGGAUCGCCUGCUAACAGGACCCAUCAAUUUCGAGGGUAAUGUGCGCAAAGGUUAUAGCUUGGAUGUCAUCGAGCUGCAGCCUUCAGGCAUUGUCAAAGUGGGAAAUUGGAAUGAGUAUCGAGGUUAUAGACCAGAGCGUAUAGCACCUACCAAUACUCAAUUUGAUAACAUUGAUAAUUCGCUGGCCAACAAAACUUUCAUAGUGUUGCUCUCAGUGCCAAACAAACCUUAUGCCAGUUUGGUGGAGAGCUUCAAGAAACUAGAGGGCAACAGUCAGUAUGAGGGUUAUGGUGUGGAUUUGAUCAAGGAACUGGCCGAUAAGUUGGGUUUUAACUUUACCUUUAAAAAUGGUGGCAAUGACUAUGGAUCCUACAACAAGACCUCCAAUGAAUCCACCGGCAUGCUACGCGAAAUCAUGUAUGGUUUUGCCGACUUGGCCAUAACGGAUUUAACAAUCACUUCAGAGCGCGAGGAAGCUAUCGAUUUCAGUAUUCCAUUUAUGAAUCUAGGCAUUGCGAUACUCUACUUGAAGCCACAGAAGGCAAAGCCAGAGCUUUUCACUUUCAUGGAUCCCUUUUCCGAGGAUGUUUGGUGGUUCUUGGGACUCUCUUUUCUAGGAGUUUCGUUGAGUUUCUUUAUACUCGGUCGUUUGUCGCCCAGUGAAUGGGAUAAUCCAUAUCCUUGCAUCGAAGAACCUGAAGAACUAGAGAAUCAAUUUACUAUAGGCAACUCUGUUUGGUUUACCACUGGAGCCUUGCUACAGCAAGGCUCAGAAAUUGGACCCAAGGCUUUGUCAACAAGAACUGUUGCCAGUUUCUGGUGGUUCUUCACAUUGAUUGUCGUCUCGUCUUAUACUGCCAAUUUGGCUGCUUUUUUGACCAUUGAGAAACCACAAAGUUUGAUCAACAGCGUGGAUGAUUUGGCCGAUAACAAAGAAGGCAUUGUCUACGGCGCUAAGAGUAGUGGUUCCACAAGGAAUUUCUUUCAGUCGUCGGAGGAUGUACGUUUUAUAAAAAUGAAUAAAUUUAUGACCGAACAUCCAGAGUAUCUUACAGCCACUAAUCAAGAAGGUGUCGAUAGAGUAAAGACAAGCACAAACUAUGCUUUUCUCAUGGAAUCCACGUCCAUUGAGUAUAACACAAAGCGUGAAUGUAAUUUGAAAAAGAUUGGUGAUGCUCUCGAUGAGAAAACCUACGGCAUUGCCAUGCGAAAAAAUUGGCCACAUCGCGAUAAGUUCAACAAUGCUUUACUAGAGCUGCAGGAGCAGGGUGUGCUCGAGAAGAUGAAGAACAAAUGGUGGAAUGAGGUCGGUUCAGGCAUUUGUGCCACCAAGGAGGAGACGCCCGAUGCCACACCGCUGGCCAUGGACAAUUUGGCUGGUGUCUUCCUUGUGCUCCUCGUGGGCAGCUGUGCUGCCAUGUUCUAUGGUGCCAUCAGCUGGGUGCUGUUCAUCAUCAAGAAGGCAAGACAUCAUAAGGUGUCUCUGAAGGACGCCUUUAAGGAGGAGUUCGAGUUUCUCGUUGACUUCAACAACUACAUAAGAGUGUUGAAGAGUUCAGCCUCCAUUUAUUCGCGCAGUCGUCAAUCCUCGAUGUCAGCUGGUUCAUAA